AUGGAUGCAGACUCGGCUCGUCGACAAGCCGCAGAGAUUGAAGCUUUGCAGGCAAUCUAUGCUGAAGAUGGAGAGUUUGAGCUGCUCCAAGAACCGGAGGAAGGAUUAGCUGCAGGCGCAUCCUUCAGAGUACGUUGUCCGAAUCCCCUCGGUGAUGUCCGGGUCAACUUGCCAACGACAUACCCUGCACAAGGCCGUCCAGCCUUCGUCUUGGAGAGGCUGCGUGGUCCUGCUGCAGAGGCUGUACAACUAGGCCUAGAAGCACUCGCAAGUGAACACGCAACAGAGGAGUGCAUCUUCGAUGUCCUGACAAGAGCGGUCGAGGUUGCAGAGUCUGCGGGGCUGGGUUUGCCGGAAGAGGCGCCAGUCGCCGCAGCAAAGAGCAUCAAUGUCGAAGAG